ACUAGCCUGCCAUGGCAGACCAGAGACAGCGCUCACUCUCUACCUCUGGGGAAUCCCUGUACCACGUUCUGGGGCUGGACAAGAAUGCAACUUCGGAUGACAUUAAGAAGUCCUACCGGAAGCUGGCCUUGAAAUAUCACCCUGACAAGAACCCAGAUAACCCAGAGGCCGCAGACAAGUUUAAGGAGAUCAACAACGCCCACGCCAUCCUGACGGACUCCACGAAAAGAAACAUCUACGACAAGUACGGCUCGCUGGGGCUCUACGUGGCCGAGCAGUUCGGGGAGGAGAACGUGAACACCUACUUCGUGCUCUCCAGCUGGUGGGCCAAGCUGGUCUCCUCCUUCCUGCCCUCCUGUCUUCCCGUGUUCAGUGCUUGCUUCAUUCUCCUCGAUCUGGAGAAGGGUCCGCUGCUGGUGCCCUGUUCGUGUUCUGUGGGCUCCUCACCUGCUGCUACUGCUGCUGCUGCCUCUGCUGCUGCUUCAACUGCUGCUGCGGGAAGUGCAAGCCCAGGGCGCCUGAGGGCGAGGACACCGAGUUCUACGUGUCCCCCGAGGACCUGGAAGCGCAGCUGCAGUCCGACGAGAGGGAGGCCGCAGACACGCCGAUCGUCGUCCAGCCGGCAUCCGCCACGGAGACCACCCAGCUCACAGCCGACUCCCACCCCAGCUAUCACACCGAUGGGUUCAACUAAAUUCAGGAGAAGCUGUGAUUCAAGGCGUUCUGAGCUGUGAGCCCAUGUGACACAGGACUCACCUGUUUUGCUAUUUUGGUUGUGACUCCUUCUCCUGUGGAAUUGGCAAAAGCUACAUUUUUGCUGUCCUUUCAAGCACGGUUGGCGUCGUCUCUGCUGUAGGUGUGGGCAGUGUGUGUACAUAUGUGUAUAUGUAUAUAUCACCCAGCGGCAUGAGUGCUGCCGUCCGGGGCAAAGCGACAGUACAAUAAAAGCGGGCUCCAAAACAGCCUCUGGUUUCUUGAUGAGUCGGGGCAGGAGCAGGGGGGUCUGGGCGAGCUCCUCUGCCAGGGGCACAGAAGGAAACACCGGCCCGGUUGUGUCCCUGGAAUCAGUGUGGACGGUGGGCCGGGCGCCUGAGCGCUGCCGGUGUUGGCUCCUCCAGGGUAGGGUGCAGGGCUGCCAAGGUCACACCCAUACCUGGGGGCUCACCUGACCCAGAGGUGAGCGGCUGGAAACCCCUCCCUCCCCUGAAACAUUAAACCCAAUUUUCUAAGCAUCAGAUACAAUCAGUGACAAAGCCACAUUCAAAGGGGUCUCUGUUCUGACCCCAGACCCACCCUGGAGGGUCCCCGGGGGAGGAAGCGGCUGGGCCUGGGGUCCUGUGGGCAGCAGCUUUUGGUGAUUUUGUCUCCCUGGAAAUAAGGGUGUUUCAGGGUGGGGGCGAGGGGAGCAGUUUACACUGAAACGUGUGUGCGCUGUGGUUAGACGCUACUGCAGGCGCGUGGACCGCGAUCGUCCGUGUGCUGCUGGGACCGACCUCUGCCCUGAGCCCACGCACACGCCUGGGGCUGGGCUGGAGGGUCACGGUGGUUUCCCGUGGUGAUGGUCUCUUAUGUCUGAAUGUUGACCUAUAAUAAAGAUAACUUGUAAAAAAUAAAUGUUUUCACUGCAGACUGGGUGUGUGUU